GAAGGAAAAAAGAACGGUUUAUUUCCUUUUGCAGCAAGAGCUAUCACGCAAACAGUCAAAACGAUCGAACUUUGCAAAGACACCUGGAGAUGAAGCAUCAGAACAAAGUUUUGAAGCUCUUCUUAAAUAUUGUGAAGAAGUCCAUUGCCGACAUGCUAGUAUUGCGUCCUAUUUUGGCGAUGAUCGUCCAAAGUGUCAUAAAGGAUGUGAUGUUUGCAGAUCUAAGGUGAAAGUUCAGGCAAUGGUCGGAAAAUUUGAACAAUAUUAUAGCUUUCCAAGUGGAACAUCUAUCGCCCCUGCAAAGGCUGAAGGUGGGAACGAAUUAUACGGUGGUGGACGCCAAGGUGCGAAAGCAAUGGAACAGGAAUACGAGAAACCAGAACCUGUCGAGGACAAGAAUGAAUUGAAGAAUGUCAUUAGGUCAGAGUUCAAGAAAAGGAAGACUACUGCAGGAUUCGAAGAAUUGGGCAAAUCGAGAUCAAAAGCUUUGCAAAUGGAACGCCAAGCCAAAUCUUCCAAGGUACGCAGUGCUAACAAUUUCAAGAAGAUUCCAAAGCUGAAGUUGGAGGUUAGAGAACAUUCUCUCAAAAUGCUCGAAGAUCUGCUCAAAGCCAACUAUGCAGACUGUGUUGGAAGUGGUAACGCUAUGGCAGAAGAAGUUGCUGUUGAAUUGGAGUAUCAAGCCUUCGAUUCAAGCAAACUGCCAAACGCUUACAGAAUGAAAAUUCACAACAAGAUGAUGGAUAUUAAGUUAUUAACGACGAACAAACAUGUAUUUCCUAUACCAGAGGAGUGCUCUGAAUCUCUAUCGAAGCGGACUCCGAUGAAAGACGGAGAUGAAGACAUGGCCACUGAUACAUGGAGUAAUACGAUAGUGUCUAGUGCGUUUCAAACUGCUUCUCAGCUCAUAAAUGUAAAUGAGAGUGAAAAAGGAAAAGACUCCAGCAGUGAAAGCAAUACUGGAGAUGCGACAACAAAUGAAGUGAAUCGAAAGCGAAAAGAAGAGAACAAGCCGGAAACGGUUCUUCGUCCGAGCAAGAAGCUUAAAGAAAUUAAUGAUGACUGUGAUGUUGAAACAAAAAAUAACGGUAAUGUAUCCGACGAAACUAGUAAAGAUAUUUUUGCCAAAGAUCCAACUGUUUCCCACAAUCCACCCAACACUGGAACGGUGACAAUAACUGGCGUAUGUACCACAUCGGUUACCCCGGCCCCAGUUGAAAAGGAGUGUAUUGUUCUCUCUGACAAUGAAGAGCAACGACGUGAUUUUGCUGACUCAAAUGAUGGCUGCAAUUCUAGACAUGAUAUUUCUUGUAAUAAGAAGGAUAACUUAAAGGAUAAGGAGAGAGAAACGGAGAAACAUCGGUUCUUAAACGGGAUGGAUAAGCACAGGUCGAAUAUUCGAGCUGAAAAUCACACCGUGUUUGCAAUUAGCCCCAAAACCAAUGAUAUAGCAGCAGAGUAUAAAAGUAGAAAAACAGAAAAAUGCAAAGGUUUUCUUAGUUCAUCAAGCUCCAAUGAUCAGAAAGACAUUUCCGGCACCUUAUUGAUGACUGAUAGAGAAUUAAACAAGGGAGCUGCCGCAGAUAACGACUCUAGCUCAUAUAGUGACAUGAAAUCUCUUCGUAAAACAUUCUCAGGGAAUAAAAAGUACCUCAAUGAUGCAUUAGAACCGAGCCUUAUUUCAAGAGAAACCAAAAGCCAAGUUUCCAGUUCUUCAGCUAGGUCAGAAUCCGACGGCUAUGUGCCAGAAUUUGCUGCUUCGAAGCAGCUGUUUUCUACCACUGAGAAGGCCAGCUCUGAAAAUCAAGAUGGGGUUUCUAGUCACUCGGUACGUACUAAGAAAAUGGUUCCAUUUAUAGAUCUGGAGUCGGGAGAAGAAAGAGUCCCAGAUGCAGAAAAGGUUGUAAUGAUCGAAGAUUCUGGAAAAAAUGAAAGAAAUGAAGAAGAUACGCGUAAAUCUAGACAAACAACUGAUGUUAGUGAAAGAAAAGUGGAAAACAAUGGCGGAGAAUAUUUCAAUGAAAGGAAACGCGACGGAAGACAAAAUAAGAUAAAAAAUAUUUCUACGCUUGUUGUAACCAGCCUUUCAAAGUAUUACAAAAGAAGGAUACUUGAAAAGGACCUUUUCAAGUCUCUAGCUAAAUCAAUAUCGAAGAAAGUUCUCCAAGAGCAGCCUGUUUCUUAUGAAGGAAGAAUCAAAGACAUUAUUCGGUGUUACUUCUCCAAUGGAUUUGUUUGUAGGACAUCGGAUGAUAUCAACAGAGUAAACGAUUUAUGAAGAGGGACUGUGAAGAAUUAAUUUGCAUGAUAUGGAAUUCUCUACAAUUUGGUUUAGACUAAACUUCUGUUAAUGAUAUUUUACGAUAAUGCGAUAUUUCAUAUAUAAAACCUGCUAGAUAGGGUUUAUUCGUUUUGUUAAGGCUGCGUUUUGUUAAAACUUCGAUUUUUUUCUGUUCAGUUGUGUUGUGUUGUAAUCAUAAAAUUUUGUCGUUAUGAAUGUCUGAAAUUCUAAAAGAUUUUCAACAUUUUUUAAAAUAUUUUACCCACCCGUGUAAUUAAGCAAUACCGACACCAAAGGAUAUUCGCUAUAUCGGUAGAUAAAACGUGUGUGCAACUGGAAAGGUGAUUUAUUUCAGGACGAACUAUUUUUUUCAAUAAGGCGAUCAAAACACCCGUUGUUAACCUGUCAAUAUUCCUGUCAUUUUGCAACUGUUUACGCAUCGAUAUCUAAAUAAAUGUAAAUGAAAUAUAAAUUGUAUUUAAAUAUUUAGAGCAUUAUAAAGUACCCUCUUAUUAAUAAGAACCACUCAAUCUAAGUUCAGGCUGACUGCUCCUAAUUUUUUCGAAAAUCUGAGGCUGGAUUGUUCUUAAUUUGUUCUUAAUCUAAUUGGGUGUAAGCAGUGCUAUUGCUAGCUUUUUCGCUCUAGGGUGGUGUUCAGGCCUCAUUUGCCAACAAAGUGAGUGAGACAACCUUAAUUUGCUGACAAAUUUGAGUAAUCACAGAAAAAGAGCCCACACAUCGCUAAAAAUCCUCGAUUUUGAGAAAAAACGUUGUUCAUAAUUGCAUUUUACAGAAGCUCAGUCUCAGCUUGUUCUUAAUUUGUUCUUAACUUUUGACCAACGUCGAGGUUUGUGUUCUUAUAAAAUUGUUCUUAUGAAAUGAAGAGUGUAGUCAAAUUUGUUAUCCUUAUUCUUUGAUAUUAUACUUACAGUGAAUUUUCA